UCAAAAGAAGGGUGGAAUAAAAUCAAAUAGUUAAUUGUGUCACCGUUGCGUGAAAUGGUCUUUUAGGCGUCAUUCUCACGGCUAAAUGAGUCAUUCGUGUUCUCUGAUUUUAGAGCUAGCAUCUCAACUCUGAAAGUUAACAUGGCUUCCAGUGGUAAGAUUCUUCUGGCCCUUGUCCUUCUUCAAGUGGCACUGGUUUUGGCAAAGCCGUACGAUUCCCUUUACGAUGAACUUUAUCCCUCUUAUAGAGAUAUGCGGGAUGAGUAUUUCCACAGACGAGAAGCCCAAGCAUGUUAUCCUGGCAGAUUUAAAGUGGGCUACUGCCGAGUAACGUGUGACGGAGGGGAGCGAGCAACCGAAGGGCCAGUGCAUGGAUGUACUGAAAGCCAAAAAUGCUGCGAAUGCAUGGGCUUAGGUACUUGCAAACCAUAAGCAGUGUGUCCUACAUGUGCAGUACUUCAGUUCUGUUGACUCAGUAACUUUAGGCAUUUUAUUUGGAUUAUAUACGUGUACAUGACGACAAACUGAAAAAUAAAAGCUACCAUGCUAAUCAAACCCA